UAGUGAAAAAAGGCAGAGCAAGGCAAUGUAAAGAAAUUCACAUUUUACACUAAAUUUUUGUUGGCGUUAGUUACUCGUUAUAACGUUACAUAAAACAAAUUUUAGUGUUCAUAAGUAACUUAGUUUGUAUCGAUUUCUGUUUCAUCACACCUCACGUUUUCUUACUGCUCUGAAGAAAAUGUCAUCGUCGACGUUCUCGUUGUUAAUGGGCCAAAUGUGAGCAGAGGACCAGCAAAAGAUGUGAAAAAAUGUAUAACAUUAGAAACAAUUUGGACAAAUUCGUGCUGUAGAACAACCCAGACAAUAACAAAAAAACACAAUCAGAAAACGAAAGCCAAAUGAAAUUCUAAUUUUGAACGAAAAAGUGUCUUUUUGGAAAGCUCAAUUGGAAAAUACCAAAAAAUUUUCGAACAUUAUAUUUUGAGUUGUAUUUCCCACCCCCGCCGCUUGAACGCUUCAAUUGCCAUAGAGUAGUUAGUAGUCGUGAGUAUUUGUGGCAAAGCAGUAGCAGCAGCAGCAGCAACAUUGGUCAAUAGCAAAGCCACCACCUUCACCCUCGUAUCAGUGCAAUAACCUUCAUCAUCACAUAACUAUCAUCAAACAUCACCAUACAGCAUCUAGCAUAUCGUCGUCAUCCAUUUAGCAUAGGCUGCAAUAGGAAUUUUAUCACAUCAUGGCAUUUCUAAAUAAACUGAAAGGAGCCCCUUUACCCCCUAUAAAAAAUAUCCUUAAUGUAGCCGUUCAGACUGCUCGCCAACAUAUGCCCGAGAAGAAGGACCCUGCAUCCGGAGGUGGGUCAGCAAUGCCACAGUCAGCACAAGAGCCCAGUAGCACACAGGCCAUGUUUCAGGGCGAUGAAAAUACCUAUGGCACCACUGAUGACAGACCGACAGAAUUGAAUCCAUUUCGAAAUCCUAAUGGUGGCUGGAUGGAUGACGGCGAUGCUAGUAAUGCAAAAGGUGAAGGCUAUCAGACGACCUCAUUCAACGAAUAUGAUGGUAGAUAUCAACAAACUGAUGGAUUUCGACAAGGCAGUGUCGCCUCCGAGGGCAGCUCUUUCGUAUGUGAAGGUGAAGGUGGUGGCGGUUCCAAAAUCGAUGAAAUGCAAGCUGCGUGGAAUGUCACCAAUGCUAUUCAGGGUAUGUUCAUUGUGUCGCUGCCAUUUGCUGUACUACACGGUGGCUAUUGGGCCAUCAUUGCCAUGGUGGGCAUUGCCUACAUUUGCUGUUACACAGGAAAAGUGCUAGUCCAAUGCCUGUAUGAGCCAGAUCCAGCUACGGGAGAAUUGGUGCGUGUACGCGACAGUUAUGUGUCCAUAGCGAAAGUGUGUUUUGGUCCCAAGUUGGGGGCUCGAGCCGUAAGUAUGGCCCAAUUGAUAGAGCUGCUGAUGACCUGCAUUCUCUAUGUGGUGGUGUGUGGGGAUUUGCUGGCGGGCACCUAUCCCCAGGGUUCCUUAGACUCGCGAUCAUGGAUGAUGUUUGUGGGUAUUUUUCUGCUGCCAAUGGGUUUUUUGAAAUCUUUGAAAAUGGUCUCGCUGCUUUCCUUCUGGUGUACCAUGUCCCACAUUGUGAUUAAUGUGGUAAUUUUGGGUUAUUGCCUUUUGCAAAUUGGCGAUUGGGGUUGGUCGAAGGUGCGCUGGAGCAUUGAUUUCGAAAAUUUCCCCAUUUCAUUGGGUGUCAUUGUCUUCUCGUAUACUUCGCAGAUAUUUUUGCCCACGCUGGAGGGAAACAUGAUUGAUCGUUCGAAAUUCAAUUGGAUGUUGGAUUGGUCACAUAUUGCGGCGGCAGCCUUUAAGGCUGGCUUUGGCUACAUUUGCUUUCUGACCUUCCAAAAUGAUACACAACAGGUGAUCACCAACAAUCUACACUCUCAGGGCUUCAAGGGUUUGGUGAAUUUCUUUUUGGUCAUCAAAGCCAUAUUGAGCUAUCCACUGCCCUACUAUGCGGCCUGUGAACUUCUGGAACGAAACUUCUUCCGCGGCCCCCCCAAAACGAAAUUUCCUCCCAUAUGGCAUUUGGAUGGAGAGCUGAAAGUCUGGGGUUUGGGUUUCCGGGUGGGAGUGAUUGUGUCCACCAUAAUGAUGGCCUGCUUUAUACCACAUUUCUCCAUACUCAUGGGUUUCAUUGGCAGCUUCACGGGAACCAUGUUAAGUUUCAUUUGGCCCUGCUAUUUCCAUUUGAAAAUCAAAGGCCAUCUGCUGGAUCAAAAAGAAAUGGCCAAGGAUUACAUUAUCAUAGGUCUGGGUGUCCUCUUUGGGGUUAUAGGCAUUUACGAUUCGGGCAAUGCUUUGAUAAAUGCCUUCGAAAUUGGUCUUCCAUUUUAAAAAAAACACGAAAGAGAGAUGCAAAUUAGAAAAAUUCCAUAGAAACAGUAAUCAAAUGAUAAUUUCAAUAACUAGGAGAAUCAGUUUAGUUUUAAAAUCGAGCAUCAAAUUAUAUAUAUAAAGAACUACAUAAAUAUAUAUAUAUAUAUAUAUAUAUAUAUACUAUAUAGAAAAAUAUAUAUAUUUACGAAACAAAUGUCUUCCAACAAGAACAAAAAUUAAAAAAAUGUAACAAAUACGAAAAUUGUCUUCCAAUAACAAUUAAUAAUAAACAAACAAAAAUAACUUAAAAUAAGCAAUAAUA